AGAAUGGCGGAACUGGAAGGAACUAUAUUAUAGCUUUACUCACAUUUAGGGAAUCUGAAAAUAUUUAAACAAUCGGAACAAAUAAGAUGUCAGGAAUCCUUCCACCAAAGUAUGGGGCAGGGCCACAUGGAAUAGGUGAUCCUGAUGAUAAAACUUUAAGAAAGGUUGAAAUAGAUGUACUUAUACCACAAAUAAUAAGAGAUAAGACAAAAAAAGAGAAAUGUAUACCUGAAGUUGAAGAAUUCACAAAAUGUUGUAAAGAAAAUAAUUUCAUGAUGAUAUUCAAAUGUAGAAAAGAAAAUAAUAAAUUAAAAGGAUGUUUAGAAAAAUGGUUUUAUGAUAAAGAUUUUCAAGAGGAAUGUAAACAAAUAUAUCUUCAAGAAAGAAGUGAAUAUAGAAGAACAAAUAUACCAAAAAAAUUUAAAAAAAUGCAGUAGUUUCAAAAUCAAUCAAUAUAAUAUAACUUAUGCAAAUAUCUUUUUAGUAAUUCUUUAAGAUUGUAAAUAGUAUUGAAUUAUUUGUAAUUAUAUUGAAAUAAAAUUAAAAAAAAAUA